CUCAUCAUAUCAAAUUUAUAAUUAUAUGCAGAGAACAAAGAACAAAAAGGUAAAGGAAUUCUCCUUAAUCCGAUUGCCGUUUCUGUAUAUUCGUCUCUUGUUGUAUCUUCACAAUCCUAGUUAGCCAGCAACCUCAAACGCUGCCGAAUAUGUCAGCCGCCGUAGCCGCUGCCGCCGCCGCCGCCAACGCCUCUAGAGUCUCGUCUAACCGUACUUCUCAUCGGGGAAGUAAUCAGGCAGUGAACCAUCGUCGACUACCCUUUUACCCACCGUCGCCACAACCCGCACUGCUCGUCCCGGUUGUUGGUCGCUACGAAUCUCUGAAGCGGCGCGACUGGAACACUUUCGAGCAAUACCUGAAGAACCAUCGUCCCGACCUGCGUCUCUCCCAGUGCAGCGGUGUACAUGUGCUCGAAUUCUUGGAAGAUCGGUUCGGGGUAACCAAAAUCCACAUCCAAAACUGCCCCCUAAACCGGCCUGGACCGCCACCGCCAUGCUCGUGCUCUUGCCCUCUGGCGGAAACAUGGAGCAGCUUGGAUGGUGUGGUAGGCCGGCUCCUUGUGGCUUUUGAAGAGAACGGCGGCCGACCGGAGUUGAACCCUUUCGGUGCUCCUGUUGUGCGGUUGUACCUAAGGGGAGUGAAGGAGGCUCAAGCUAGGGCUAGAGGAACAGGUCGUAGCUCAUGAACAAAUAACAACUCAUCAACUGG